UUUUUUUGUAUGAACGACACCUUCGAUCGGGGCAACAGGGCCUGAUAGCUACAAUCACUGUGAGCCUCGGCCGCUCGACCUGCUUUCGACUCGCCGUUACCGGGCCGAUAUUGAGAGGCCAAAAAGGCCGAGCACCUCGCAAUGGGUCACCCUUAUGUCUUGGGAGGCGCGGCCUUUCCCUGCGACGACAUGCCCUUCCAAAGCCAGCCCUGCGGCGGGCUACAAGACGGCCUCCAAGACUCCAGCAUGCGUUACAUAGACCCUAACAUGCAGAAUCCCGCAUCGAGCGCUUUUGACGGCACCUCCUGGGCUGCACCCGCCCAACAGUCUUUCAAGGAGAACGCGGCGACCUUCUUCGUCGUCGAUCCUGCCAGCCAGGUUUCCGACCACGGAGCUGUCCGUCCGGCAGUGAGCGUCUCCCAGGCGCCAGUUCCGUAUGCGCGAUAUGGCAGCCCCUUCUCGUCGGCCGAACCGUCGCCGCCCGGCGCCGGACUCAGUCCUCCCGCAGACACCGAGUCGUACUACGACGGCGGCUACCCGAGAACGCCCUCCGAAGCGAACCUGCUCUCGCCCUUCCAGCCACCGCUACCGAUGGAGCCGUUCGCCCACGCCGUCCAGUUCAGGAGUAUGGGCCCGGGUCCCGACUACGUGAAACUCUGCGACGUGAGCCCCGGCCAGCAGCACUCCGAGUACUGCGAGAGCGAUAACGACAUGUUCGAUUUUAACUUUGCUCCUCAACCGGCCUACUUCAGCGGCCAUGUCAUUCGCGACGUCGUGCCGGCAUCACACGGCGCAGCCGUGCCAGAGCCGGAGCUGUCCGACACACAACCAGGGCUAGAUGAAACGCAAUCCCAAUCGGUGGUCAAGGAGGAGAUCAAGGUGGAGAGUCAGUACCCGCCUCUGGAAGACGACGCGGGUCCAGAAAAACAGCCUGGGCCGAAGCGGCGGCAGCAACAUGGCAAUGACGACGAGGACGACGACGGCGGCCGCGGCGGCCACGGCAAUAAUGGCGACCUCCAAUACCGACCAAGCAAGAGGCGGCGAACGACCUCGCGGAUACCAGAACAGCACGCGGCCAAGACAAUUCCCGCUGCCGCCUCGCUGCCGCGCGCGACAAGGACCCGAGCCGGCAACCCCAUCCCUCCGCCGCCUCGCAGCGGGUCUUCCCUUUCCGGCGGCAAAGCGCGCCUCGCCUGCCCCGAUUGCAAGCAGCGAGCGUUCGCGAGCCGGGCUGACCUCGACUCCCACGUCAAGAAAGAGCACCGCCGCCCCUUCAGCUGCGUCUUCGACUUCGCCGGGUGUAACUCAACCUUCGGCAGCAAGAACGAGUGGAAGCGCCACGUCGCCACGCAGCACCUGCUGCUCAACUACUGGGUCUGCACCGAGGGCGUCUGCGCCAAGGUCUCCCAAGAUCAUCCCCCCUCCCCAGACCAGCACCAGUACGCCGCCGCCGCCGCCACCACCACCACCACCACCACCAGCAGCAGCAGUAGCACCACUGAGGGCAAGGAAAACCCCCGCGGCGCAAUCUUCAACCGCAAGGACCUCUUCACCCAGCACCUCAAGCGCAUGCACGCCCCGAAGGAGGUCAAGGAGCUCCUCCCACAAGCGGCGUCCAAGCGCGCCGGCACCUCGUCCGCCCGAGGCAGCGCGAGCGCCAACAGCAACAACAACAACAACAGCAACAACAAAAUGAGCACGGCCCAGGAGAGCGCCAUCCUCGCCCGGUGGGCGGCCCGCGUCAAGCGCCUCCAGGACGCCGCCGUCCGCCCGCGCUGCCGGCUGCCCACGUUCAUGCGCUGCCCCUUCCCCGGGUGCGCCUCCGCGCCGCCCUUCCGCGGCAACGACGCCUGGAACCGCCGCAUGGAGCACGUCGCGAGGCACAUGAACAGCCCCGGUAAUGAUGAUGAUGCCACCAACAAUAACAACAACAAGACUCGUCGUGUUGGCUGUGGUAGCGGCGGCGACAGCAGCAGCAGCGGGGUCCCGGUCCCGGCCCCGGACCCGACGCUGGUCGAGUGGGCCGCCCGCCCGGACGUGGCCAUCAUCGUCCCGGACGGCCGCGGCGGGUGGGUGCUGAAGAGCCCGCUCGAGCGGAAGCCCGGGGGUAACGUGGUCGUCACCGCGCCCGCGGGUCAUGCGUCUGGCGAUGGUGGUGGUGGCGGUGGUGGUGGUGGUGGUGGGCAUGAUGCGGCGGAGGGAGGAGGAGAGGAGGAGGAAGGGGAGAAACAGGAUGAAGACUACGACGGCGAGGACGACGACGAGGAGGACGAGGAGGAGGAGGUGGUGGUGGUGGAGGUGAUGGAGGUGGGGUUGGGGGAUGAAGAGCAAGGAGACGGCGGCGGCGGCGGCGAAGACGACGAGGCGGAGAUGGAUGCCGAGGGGGAGGAUGACGAUGAUUGAUGAUGGUGAAGAACUUGGAUAUUCUCUUUUUACUCUCUCUCUUCUCUUUUUCUUUUCUACAUCUUCUUCCUUGAUUCAUUUCUUUCUCCUUCUUCCUGCUCCUUUCCCUUUUCUCUUCUACCGUUGCUUGUCCUACAGGUAUACUGCUUACCGGUCUAGAGGAGGGGCAUGGGUUACGAUGCAUGAUCACAAAGAAAGAUACCUCGUCAUGACUU